AUGGACCAAUCACGCCCCUUCACUACUAGUUUCCACGACGACGUCAAAUAUAAUGGCUCUGGAUACUGGCUCCACACAAUUGACGCGAAGUUGAGGUGCACUAAACUAGCAAAAUUGUCUUCCACAAUCCCUCCAGAACUGGACGUAGGUAGACAACAUACCGACGAGGAGCUUAGCGAUAUUGGCUACAUUCGACUAGAGCCAGGUGUUUGCCAUUUUGUAGCAGUUCCCAAUGCUCCUGAUGGCAAGCAAUUCGACCCCACAUACCUAUCUGCAGCCGAGAUUGAGAAGGCUGGUCUUCUCGACCGCCUAGUUGAAGUCAGAGAAAAGAUGCUGCAUCGCGACUUUCAGCCGAAGCUACAUGCUACGAUGACUAAGGUACGAAGCCAUAGAUUCAUGGAAGAUCGUGCAAAGAUCUACGAGCUCGGAAUCACUGUACAAAAGCGUACAGGACGACACAGCAUCCAAAACGGAGUCAUAAUUCGAAAAGAUGUCGACAGAAAUAAUCGGGAUUUGACAGUAGGGCUCACAAGCAUCGCCAAUGCCUUACUCGAGACCUACGCGCCUGGUAUGAAAGAUGAAUUUCGAGCGAAGCAUCGACUACAACGCCCUCCUCUCACGAUCGGCGCUGACAAGAAUAACACCAUCACAAGCAUACAGGCAAAUUAUCUCGAGAUAGAUGAAGGGAUGGAUGGACUUCGAAAGUUUGGACACGGCCACGUUGACGAGCGAGAUUAUGCGAACAUGUUUACUGUGCUCUUCUUCCUCGGAAAUCCACCUCCUGAUUACCACGUGGGAAAUUUUUCACUACUAGGAGAGAGAACUGUAUGUCCAACUGCACCUUUGUCGGCUCUGGUAUUCUCUAGGAAAAGAUGGCAUGCUGGUAUUGCUCCCAGACGCUACGAUGCCGAUACACCUGUAUCACUACGCUAUGUAUCGCCAGUGCCAAUUCCGGAGUUGCCAACAGGAACUCCUCUUGUGCGUUUGUCUGUUGUUGCUUAUCCCAGUAGGAAGAUGAUUGAUGUACACCCGCAAGAACUUGGAUACGAACUCUUCACGUCUGCUGGCAGCGCCUGUUUUCAAAGCCAGAAAAAGUAUCAAGAGUGGAGGAUGUCCUAUUACAUUGCGCAUGAGCGGGCCAUGGUAGCACUAGAAGCUUUGGAAGAUCGUGAAGAAUUGAGCGAGAAAUCGCGGAAGAGAAAGGGCGAUGGAAGGGAUCGGUAUGUUCAGCUAGAUACUACCGGUAUCGUCCGACAUACACUACCAUCGUACUUUGUCGACAAGUUUCAAUGGCGCGACGGACUAACCGGUCGAGUGAUGUUUCCAUCUACGCAACUGGCAAUCGACACAAUCGCAGAAAUCGGACAGCCUAAUGAAGAAUGGGACAAUCUUUCCAAGGAUAUGGUACGCGUCAGUCUUGGUGGAAAGGCACUUGGAAAGAGGAAGGCCCCAGAAAGGAAGACGCUGGAGGUUGAAACGUUUGAAAGAUCCAAGAGACUAAAGUCAAACGAAAGCGCAGAUGAAAUGAAGAGUGCUGAGCACCAGCUAGAAGAAAGAGUUGGUACAUUCGAGGAUGAAUUCUAUCGAUGGGAAGAUUUCUUGAUUGAGCAGGAUUAUGGUAAUGACAUGGAUCACCGAGAGCCAGCUCAGGAGAGGCUUGGAAGUAGAGACUGGGAAUCAUUUGGGGCCCCGUGA